UCUCUAGCAAUAAGGCAAUCAGACUGACUGUGAACUCCAGUGAGGGCUUUAAUAUCUGUAUUCUCCACGGAAACUGCAGUCACAUAGCGGAGGACUUAACCAUUUUUUCAACCCUCUCAGAUGUUUGUGUUUCUAAAGAAUUUGAACUGUUGAUUUUUAUUAUUAUUUUUUUUGUUAUCUCCUGCUACGAUUGUCAAGACAAUUGAGAGGGGAAGCCAGCGGAGAGAAGGAUGCUGUGUUUGAGAUGAAUACGGCAAAAGAAGAACAUGAAAACUUGUGUCACAAGGCAGUUCGCAUUGUCAAAGAUCUUUGCAAUAAGCAGGUGGAAGGUUUGGAGCUGGGAACUUGCAAAGAGUUUUUAUUGCUAUUACCCUCGGACCAGAAGCUUCAUGUAACGGAACCAGACCUGUCCGUCAGCCUCCUUGCAGUGAUAGUUAUUGUGUGUGGCCUGGCCCUGGUGGCAGUAUUUCUCUUUCUCUUUUGGAAGCUGUGGUGGGUGCCCUGGAGGAACAAGACAGUGACUUCUAACCCAACCGCACCGCAGAACGUAUCUACUCUUACCAGCGUCAACAACGACAAAGAAGUCAUGGCAGACAAACUGAAGGAUGCGAGCAACUUGGGCUUCUUGGAGGCAGCUGUUAAGAUCAGUCACACUUCUCCUGAUAUCCCGGCUGAGGUCCAGAUGUCAAUGAAAGAACAUGUUAUGCGUCGUACAAGGAUGCAGAGGCAAACAACUGAGCCUGCCUCUUCGACCAGACACAUUUCCUUCAAAAGACAUUUGCCCCGUCAGAUGCACGUGUCAAGUGUCGAUUUCGGAACAGAGACACUCCAAGUCACCGAGCAACCAACUAGCAUCGGAAGGAUAAAACCUGAGUUAUAUAAGCAAAAAUCUGUAGACUCUGAAGAUACCAAGAAGGAUGAUGCAAAAACCUGUGGAAAGAUCAACUUCACACUGAAGUACGACUAUGAGAAUGAGAAUCUCAUAGUCCGGAUUCUCAAAGCAUUUGACCUUCCUAUUAAAGAUUUUUGUGGAAGCUCUGAUCCAUAUGUCAAGAUUUACCUUCUACCUGACAGGAAAAGAAAAUUCCAAACUCGGGUUCACAGAAAGACACUCAAUCCAACAUUUGAUGAGUCAUUUCAGUUUCCUGUUCCAUACGAUGAACUGCCCAGUCGGAAACUGCAUCUCAGUGUUUUUGACUUUGAUAGGUUUUCCAGGCAUGAUAUGAUCGGAGAAGUCAUUUUGGAAAACCUGUUUGAGGUGUCAGACCUGUCAAGGGAAACAUCUAUCUGGAAGGAUAUCCAAUAUGCGACUACGGAAAGUGUGGACCUCGGUGAAAUUAUGUUUUCACUCUGUUAUCUACCUACUGCAGGACGUCUCACCUUAACAGUAAUUAAAUGUAGGAACCUUAAAGCUAUGGACAUCACUGGCUACUCAGAUCCAUACGUCAAGGUAUCGCUUCUUUGUGAUGGACGCAGGUUGAAAAAGAAAAAAACUACCAUUAAGAAGAAUACAUUGAACCCGACAUACAAUGAAGCCAUCAUUUUUGAUAUACCCCCAGAGAGCAUGGACCAAGUCAGCCUUUUAAUUUCAAUAAUGGAUUAUGAUAGAGUUGGACACAAUGAAAUUAUUGGUGUGUGCCGAGCUGGUAACAAUACAGAAGGACUUGGAAGAGACCAUUGGAAUGAGAUGUUGGCAUAUCCACGGAAACCUAUAACCCAUUGGCACCCACUGGUGGAAAUGAAGAAGUCAUUUAAGGAGUGGCAAGGCCGAGCUGCAAGUUUUGAUAGCCAGGGAUCAUGCCCUUCCCCAAAACCACCACCAACUCCUUGAAGGCCACAAUUGUGCUUGCCUAAAUUGCUUAUUGGCAGAUACAGGAAUUGUUUAAAACUCCUGCAGAUGAACUCCUGCGUCCAAAAACAGCAAGUCAUAAAAUAA